CUUGUAAUUUUGAUAUAGUUGGUCCAUCAAGGAUGUGCCCUUUAUGUAUUCAAGACUCCAAGUCUUAAGUAUCCAUUGCCUUAGAGAUAACUGUCAUGUUUAGAAGAUGUGUUUUUAGGUAGUGCUUAUGAACAGGUGGACCCUCUAGCAAAAGAUUAUGUGGCUAAUACGAAUCUUAGUAGACGUCAAUACUUGGCUUAUUCAUUAGAAGAUAUAUAUGAGUUUUGCUUCUGUAAAAUAUUAUGGAACUUGGAAAGUUUCUAAAGUUAGCUUAUACAAGUCUCCAAAUAAGCCAUCCACAGUUGCAUAAAUAGGGCAUUAAAGAGCGGGGUGGUGUGCAGUGCGCUGGCCAUCUGAGAUGGUGGACCAUUAAAUUACUUUCGUCUAUAUAUUUUUUUUCAACAACUUUUAAUUGCUCGCCUUAUUUUAGACAGUUAUCUCUUAGGCAGUUAUACACUUAUAAAAGGGCAUUUUGCUUAAAUAAGUUAAGCAUCAAAAUUUGUUAAGGUGUCAGCCAGAUAAACAAUGAAAUAGACAGAAACUAAGUCAACAAAAUUAAAAUAAGACACUUUUAGUUUAUUUAAAUUAUUUUAACAUGUGUAAUUUCUUUCCGGUCAUGAGUGCCUUAUUUUAGACAGUUAUCUCUUAGGCAGUUAUACACUUACAAAAGGGCAUUUUGCUUAAAUAAGUUCAGCAUCAAAAUUUGUUGAAAUGUCAGCCAGAUAACAAUGAAAUAGACAUAAACUAAGUAAACAAAAAUAAAUUUAUAAAUAAAAUUUAGACACUUUUUAUUUAAUUAUUUCAACAUGUGUAAUUUCUUUCCACUACAUGUUAUUAUCAUUCUGUCACUUAACUUUGCGGAUCGUGCAAUUUUUCUCGGUAUCAUGCCUAUCUAGUAUCAGCAGUUUAGCUGCACGGCAUCGAGAGCGAACCGGGUGUUUUUGAUAAUAGCGUUAGCCAUCGCUGGGCAUGUGAGACGACUUGUGUCCCAUGUGCGGUGUACCGUUGUUUAUUUUGUCUAUAUUCCACUUUGAUCGAAUCAUCCACUUAUUCUAAUCAAUACCACAAUUUACACAAGGAGACAUUAUAAAUCUAAAUUAUGAAGGGUCUUUUCUUAAAAUAAAUAGAGCGUUUAAUUAUUGACAAAACCAAAUUUAUUUCAUGUCAGAAAGUUUAGGUAGCUCAGUAUAUAAUAACAAUAAAUAAAUAGAAAUCGACAAACAACGCGAUAACUUUCUAUUUAUUUAUUUGGAAGCCUUUUAUCAAUUUCUUUUUUAAAUUGGAACAAGAAUUGAUCCGCAUCGGCGCGAAAAUUCUUUUCAGGGCUAAGAAUUAGCUUAUAUUAUAAAAUUAUUAUAUAAACAGAAAUUAAAAAAUAAAUACAUAGCUUUUAAUUGGAAUGAGGUAAUGAUAAAUUUUGUCUGGAACAAAAGCACCAAAAAAAACAAAAGCACCAAAUAUCUCUAUAUGGCUGUAUUUUCUGAAAAUGCAUUCAUAUUGAAAUAUCUAAUUAAAUUUCACUCGAGAAUAAAAUAAAAGCAUAGUAGAAACGUUUACGCUAUAUUUUUUUUUUUCAAACGGUUACGCUAUUUAAUAGUGUGAUACUAACUCACAUCGUUGUCAAUUUACCUAAUUUCAAUAUUUUCAUGGUUAUCCUUAUAAAUAGAAAUGAAUUGUAGGGUACCCUUAACUUUAUUAUUUAACAAGACCCGUGGUUCAUGACAUGUGAAAACAAUGCGAUUGUACUCCAUUGAUCUGACUUUCUGUCUCUAUAAUAUAACACGAAGCGAGUUUUUAAAACUUGACAGAACACAAAAGACAAACUACACUCUUCAUUCUUAACUCUUGAAGAAAGACAAUGACGAUAAGUUCAAAACCCCAAUGUCUUCCCCUUUCUCUCCCGGUCAUUGACUUCUCGGUUCCAAACCUCAAACCGGAAACUCCCCAGUGGGACUCGGUUAGAGCCCAAGUCCGAAAAGCCCUAGAAGAUUUCGGAUGUUUCGAGGCCUUGUUCGAUGGAGCUUCAGUGGAGCUACGUAAGGCUGUGUUCGAGGCCUCACAGGAAGUUUUUGAUUUACCAUUGGAGACCAAACUGAGUGCAAAGUCAGAGAAGAAUCGUAACAAUGGAUACUCUGGUCAGGUUUCGGGUAUGCCUUUAUUCGAAGGCAUGGGCUUUGACGAUGUAGAUAAUCCUGAGGUUGUCAAUAAGUUGACUCACAAGGUUUGGCCUCAAGGGAACAUCACCUUCAGCAAUACUGUUCAGUCGUUUGCGGAGAAGUUAAUAGAGCUAAACGUGAAGGUGAGGACAAUGCUCAUGGAAAGUUUCGGGCUUGAGAAAUACGUAGAGGAACAUCUUACCUCAGCAAAGAACCGCUUUCAUUUAUUCAAAUACAAAGGACUUGACGAUAAUACAGAAGAGGAUGUAGGUAUUGACACUCACAUCGAUAGACAUUUCCUCACAAUACUUUGCCAGAAUGACGUAGUAGAUGGCUUGGAGAUCAGAGCCAAAGACGGUGAAGAGUGGUUCAAAGCUAAGCCAUCUCAAGACUCUUCUUACCUUGUUAUGGUACUGUUGAACGGUAGGGUACAUCCUCCGCUUCACCAUGUGGUUAUAACCGGGAAAAAAGAUCGAUAUGUGGCUGGACUGUUCUUGCGUCCUAAAGAAGGACUUAUUAUUAAUGCGCCUGAGGAGAUUGUUGAUGAUGAACAUCCUCGUCUUUAUAAGCCUUUUAAUUUUGAGGAUUACUUUAAGUUUACCUACAUAGACACCAAGAAGAGAGAUCUGCCUGCUCUCAAGGCUUAUUGUGCCCUUUGAAAAUUCGUGAUGCCUUUGCAAAUAAAUAAAACUUUGCCUCAUUUGAUCA